CAAGAGAGGGCAACAAAUGAUUUCCGUCUUUCAUGCAAAAUAGCCUGGCGUUGCCUCAGUCCGCUCCGCUCUCCUUCACUCUCCCCUACAAACUGCAAUCAAACAGAAAAAAACCCCAAAACCCUUUUUGGACAGUUUGAAAUUCUCACUCACACGGAGAUCAGAAUUCCAAAAGAAUUCCAAAUCCCUUUCGCGUUGACGGUGUCUUGGUUCUUGGCGGAGAAGAGGGCUUCAAAUUUACUUGAAAUAUCAGAGAACACAAUAGAGAAGACAGAAACCAAAAUGAAGAUAAUACCAGAAGCCUAGACGUAUUAGCAAUCACUUUGAAUCAAUUGCCUGGAAAUCAAGGAAUCUUCCGCAGGAAGCUUCAGGAAAUGGAGGAAAAUGUUCAAUCAACAAUCUUAGAAGGCGAGAUAGUUGGGAUCCGUUUUGGAUUGGCAACUCACAAGGAAAUUUGUGCUGCAUCUGUCAGCGAAUGUCCUAUUAGUCAUUCAACUCAGCUUACCAACCCAUUCCUUGGGUUGCCUCUGGAAUUUGGUAAAUGUGAGUCUUGUGGCACUUCCGAAGUGAAAGAAUGUGAAGGUCACUUCGGCUAUAUUGAGUUGCCGAUACCAAUUUAUCAUCCAAGCCAUGUCAUUGAGCUAAAGCGCCUGUUGAGCUUGUUAUGCUUGAAGUGCUUGAAGCUGAAAAGGAACAAGGUCCAAAUGAAGCAGGGUGGCAUGGCUGAACGAAUGCUAUCAUGUUGUGAGGAAACUUCUCAAGUUUCUAUUAAAGACAUUAAGACAGCUGAUGGCGCAUGUCUUUUACAAUUGAAAUUGCCAGCUAGAUCAAAACUGAGGGACGGUGUGUGGAACUUCUUAGAGAGAUAUGGCUUCCGGUAUGGUUAUGGCCAUACUCGUACUUUGCUUCCUUGCGAGGUCAUGGAAAUGCUCAAGAAAAUUGUCGGGGACACAAGAAAAAAGCUUACUAAGAAAGGCUAUUUUCCUCAGGAUGGAUACAUUUUACGUUAUUUGCCGGUUCCUCCAAAUUGCCUCUCUGUGCCUGACAUCUCAGAUGGUGUCAGUGUCAUGUCUGCGGAUCUUUCUAUAUCAGUGCUGAAGAAAGUCCUAAAGCAGAUUGAGAUUAUCAAAAGUUCUCGCUCUGGUCCCCCUAAUUUUGAAUCUCAUGAAGUUGAGGUCAAUGAUCUACAAUCAGCAGUUGAUCAGUAUCUUCAAGUUAGGGGUACGUCAAAAUCUUCUCGUGAUGUAGAUGGUGCUCGAUUUGGGGUGAAGAGGGAGGCCAAUGAAUCUGCUACUAAAGCAUGGCUUGAAAAGAUGAGGACCUUGUUCAUAAGGAAGGGUUCUGGAUUCUCAUCUCGUACUGUGAUCACUGGAGAUGCCUAUACAAGAGUGAACGAAAUUGGAAUUCCUCAUGAAAUUGCUCAGAGAAUCACAAUUGAGGAGAGGGUUAAUGAUCACAACAUCAGACACCUGCAAGACCUUGUGGACAACAAGCAAUGUGUGACUUAUAGGGAUGGUUCUUCGACGUAUUCUCUUAGAGAAGGUUCCAGAGGUCACACUGUUCUGAAGAUUGGUCAGAUUGUCCAUAGGAGGAUUGUGGAUGGUGAUCGGGUUUUUGUGAACAGACCACCCACGACCCACAAGCACUCAUUGCUGGCGUUGUCUGUUUAUGUGCAUGAUGACCACGUAGUGAAAAUAAAUCCCCUCAUUUGUGGACCAUUAAGUGCUGACUUCGAUGGGGAUUGCAUUCAUUUGUUCUACCCCCAGUCUGUUGCUGCCAAAGCUGAAGUUUUAGAACUUUUCUCGGUAGAGAAGCAGCUGCUCAGCUCACAUAGUGGCAACUUGAUUUUGCAACUAUCCACUGACUCCCUGUUGUCAUUGAAGUCCAUGAUGAAUACAUACUUCUUUGAUAGGGCUGCUGCUCAGCAACUUUCGAUGUCUUUGGCUUGUUCUUUGCCAUCGCCUUCUCUGAUAAAGGCCAAGCAGGGGGAACCUUAUUGGACUGCUUUGCAGAUACUAGAGUCGGCCUUUCCUGAUUCUUUCGAGUGCUCUGAGGACAGUUACUUGGUCAGUAACAGCUACUUCCUAAAGGUGGAAAGUGACAGGGAUGUGCUGCAGAAUAUCCUUAACGACUUAGCAACUUCCAUUUUCUUUCAAAAGGGUCCUGAUGCUGUCCUCAAAUUCUUCAAUGCACUGCAGCCCUUAUUGAUGGAAAACUUGUAUGCUAAAGGUGUUAGCAUUGGUUUGGAAGACUUCUUACUGUCCAGAAGUGUUAGAGAGCGCAUUCACUUUGAGUUUAAGGUUAUUUCUCCCCUGCUGGGUAAUUUAAGGUCGACCUAUAAUGAAUUGGUUGAGUUGCAGAUAGAGAAUCAUAUCCAGCAAGUGAAACAACCAGUUGUUGAUUUCAUUAGACGUUCUGCUUUAGGGGAUUUGAUACACUCUAAGAGCGAUUCGGGUCUCAAAAAGGUGGUGGAACAAAUUGGAUUCUUGGGCCUACAAAUUUCAGAUCGGGGUAAAUUCUAUUCGAAGGUGCUAGUUGAGGAUGUCGCCUCGCUAUUUAGGAGCAGAUAUCCUCUCGAUGUUGUUGAUUACCCUUCUGCACAAUACGGAUUGUUGAAGAGCUGUUUUUUCCGUGGGUUAGAUCCAUAUGAAGAGAUAGUUCAUUCAAUAUCCAGUAGGGAGGUUAUUAUUCGAUCUUCAAGGGGCUUGUCGGAACCUGGAACAUUGUUCAAGAAUUUGAUGGCUAUCCUUCGUGAUAUGGUUAUUUGUUAUGAUGGAACAGUAAGACAUGUUUGCAGCAAUUCAAUCAUUCAGUUUCAGUAUGGGUUGAAUGCGGGAACGAAGUACCAGAAUGCAUUUGCUGCUGGUGAACCUGUUGGUGUUCUAGCUGCAACUGCAAUGUCAAAUCCUGCAUACAAGGCAGUUCUUGAUUCUAGUCCCAAUAGCACUUCUUCUUGGGAGCUGAUGAAGGAAAUUUUGCUUUGCAAAGUUGGUUUCAAGAAUGAUCAAAAUGACCGGCGUGUGAUUAUGUACCUUAAUGAGUGUGGAUGCGGAAGGAAUUAUUGCCAAGAAAAAGCGGCAUACAGGGUUAAGAAUCACUUGGAAAAAGUUAGCCUCAAGGAUAUUGCAGAGUCAUUUAUGAUUGAGUACAAGAGGCAACCUACUGGAGCAAAUGACUUUGGUGUUGACUCUGGCCUUGUUGGUCAUAUUCAUCUUAAAAAGGUUAAACUUCAAGAGUUGAAGAUAAGAAUGGAUGACAUUUUAAAAAAUUGCCAAGAUGUUAUCAAAUUGUUCAGCAAGAGAAAAAAGCUUGGCAGCCUUUUCAAGAUGACAGCUUUGUCUGCAAGUGAGUAUUGCCCCUUCCAGGCGUCCUGUUCUGAUGAGUCCUUGGGGAUGCCCUGCUUGAUGUUCUGUUUGGGAGAAACAUGUGAUAUCAACUUCGAAAGGACAAUUGAAGUUCUAGCUGACAUGGUUUGCCCAGUUUUGAUGGAAGCAAUUGUCAAAGGAGAUCAACGGGUUUCUUCAGCAAACAUAAUUUGGGCUAGUCCAGAUACCACUUCUUGGAUAAGGAACCCUUCAAGGGCUCAGAAGGGAGAAAUUGCUUUGGAUAUUGUUCUGGAGAAAAGGGCUGUGAAACGAAGUGGUGAUGCGUGGAGGACUGUGCUUGAUUCAUGUCUUCCUGUUCUUCAUUUAAUUGAUACUACACGUUCAGUCCCAUAUGCUAUAAAGCAAAUUCAGGAAUUGCUGGGAAUAUCUUGUGCGUUUGAUCAAGCAGUUCAGAACUCAUUACUUUCACUUUGUUGGAACCGAUUGCAGCGCCUGUCAACAUCAGUGACAAUGGUAGCGAAGGGUGUGCUUAAAGAGCAUCUUUUUCUGUUGGCCAACAGCAUGACAUGUGCUGGAAACUUAAUUGGCUUCAAUUCUGGAGGAUAUAAAGCCUUGUCUCGCUCAUUGGAUGUCCAAGUGCCAUUUACGGAGGCAACCCUAUUUACACCAAGAAGAUGCUUUGAGAGGGCUGCAGAAAAGUGUCAUGUAGAUGCUCUAUCGAGCAUCGUGGCAUCUUGUUCAUGGGGUCGUCCAGUUGCUGUUGGUACCGGGUCCCGGUUUGACGUCUUUUGGGAUAACAAGGAGCAGUCAUCCUUGAAUCAAGAUGAACCAGUGGAUGUCUACAGCUUCCUCAACAUGGUCCGAAGUAGUAAGAAUGCAGAAGAUAUGAUUCCAGGUUCUUUGGGCGUGGAAGUGGACGAUCUUAUUCCAGUGGAUGAGAUUGAUGACUGGAACUUGUCCCCUGAUCGAACUGGUACUGAUAAGCCCACUUUUGAAGACGCUGCUGAAAUUGAUGUUCUGGACCAGGCUGAUGGUAGUUGGGAUGUGGGUACUGCGAAGGAGCAGUCUUUUGGAUGGGGAGCAGCCACUAGAACCCAAGAAGAAUCUGGCAAUUCUGGCUGGGACAAUUCUAGCUGGCAGAUGAAGAAGAAACCAGAAUUUGACAAGCCUGGUUCAGAUUGGACUGUAAAUGCCCAAGAGGAAACACAGAAUCAAGAGUCUUCUGUGUGGGGGGCUGCUGCCACCAAAAGAACACUAGAAGAAUCUGACAAUUCUGGCUGGGAUAAACCUGCUGCUUGGCCAUUGAAGAACAAAGCAGAGACUGACAAGACUGUCUCCGAUUGGACUUUGGAAACUGCUAAACCCCGAGAAAAGCCUGACCAUCAGCAGUCCUCUGGAUGGGGAGCAGGUGUGACCCGAAGAACCAAAGAAGAAUAUGAGAAUUCUGGUUGGGAUAAGAUUGCUGCUUUGCAGACAAAGAAAAAUCCAGAACUUGACAAGCCUGGCUCAGAAUGGUCUGUAGAUAUAUCUAAACCCCGAGAGGAACCUGACCAUCAACAACAAUCUUCUGGAUGGGAAGCAGCUACGACCAGAAACCAUGAAGAUUCUGACAUUUCUGGCUGGGAUAAGCCUGCUGCUUGGCAGACAAAGAAGAAACCUGAAUUUGACAAGCUUGGUUCAGAUUGGUUUGCUGCAGAUACAUCUAAACCUCAGCAUGAACCUACAAAUGAGGAGUCUCCUGGAUGGGGAACAUCUGCCACUAAAACUCAACAAGAAUCUGGCAAGUCUUGCUGGGAUAAAGAUAAGGAAGAGUCUUCGAGAAUAGUAGGUGAUUCAGAAGAGUCUGGUGCCUGGGGAAGAAAAAUCGAGAAAGGUGAUGCUUCAGGCAAAUAUAACUCCAGUGAUUGGGGGUCUGCACAGUUGGAUAUUUAUGGAGCUAAGGAGAAGACAUCGGCUUCUUGGGGAGCUGUUAGUAAGGAGGAUGGUGGUGCUCUUGCGGAUGGAAGGACCUCCCUGGAUGAUGGACACUCACAUGGCUGGGGCUCAUCAGGUGUGAAAAAAAAUCAGUCUGAUGGCUCAAGAGCUUGGGGUAACAAUCAGCCUGAAGGGUCAAGAGGUUGGGGACCUGUUAGUAAGGAUGAUGGUGGUGCUGUAGCAUAUGAAAAGACCUCUCAGGAUGAACCUUCACAUGGUUGGGGAUCACCAGAUUUAAAGAAAAAUCGAUCUGAAGGCUCUAGAGGUUGGGGUAAAACUCCUGACUGGAAACCAAAGAAGAAUUACCCUCCUAAAUCUCCAGGUAUUGGGAAUGAAUUCAACAUGGGUCCAAUGUUCACGGCUACUAGGCUUCGAGUGGAUAUGUUCAGUAGUGAAGAGCAAGACAUCCUUGCAGUUGUUGAGCCGUUGAUGCUGUCCAUCAGAAGAAUCAUGCAUAAUACUGGGUACAAUGAUGGGGAUCCAUUAUCCGCUGAUGAUCAGUCAUACAUUGUAGACAGCGUCUUCAAUUACCAUCCUGACAAAGCAGCAAAGAUGGGUUCCGGCAUUGAUCAUAUCACUGUUAGCAAGCACACCAGCUUUCAGGACACCAGAUGCUUCUUUGUAGUCUCCACUGAUGGCUCGAGGCAGGACUUCUCAUACCGCAAGUGUGUGGAGAACUAUGUAAAAGAGAAGUUCCCAAGUCUUGCGGAGGAGUUCAAUGGCAAGUACUUUGCCAGGCGCACAGGUGGAGGGAAUCGGCAGAGGAGGGCUGAGUCACCAUCUACUCUGGGGAGCAUCCCAGAGACUCCUGGAGACGGGAAUAGCCCUUUCCCGUAACUUUAUGGCGAAGGACAAGCUGAUUUGCGUGUGUAGUAGUAGAGGCUUAACAAAUUCAUCUGCUUUGAUUCUGAAGUGUGUAUAGAAGGCGAGGCAGAUGAGUUUCUUUUGGGUAUUGCCAACAUGGAUGCACUCUCACCACAAGGCCUCCUUCAUUUGGUUGGCCCUUCUCCCGGAUUUGUGUUGGCAUGUUAAUGUUAAUAGCUAGCCUAGAGUAACAGCAGCUUAGUACUGGUAGGCUAACUCUAGCAACGAAGGAGGCCGCAGCUCAUCUCAUCACUUUCGACUGUUUGUGUGUGUCCAUAUGCACAAUAUAGUUAAAAUGUUUAUUCAGUAACUCAGCGCUCUCUCUUUCUCUCCCCCCUACCUGUGUGCCAUAUCAUAUAUGGUACUUAUGAUUUCUGAAUGAUUACAGUAUUUUAGAUAGUUAAGGGAUGGGGAUAAUGGGGAGGGGUCUGAGUGCGCAUG